AUCUACAUAUGUUUAUGAUAAUUAUAUUCUUUUGUAGGCAAUCACUUAGGUGCAACUACAUCAUGUCCCACUUUCAUGCCAUUGCAUAUCAUAUUCUUUCUUCUACAGCUUACAGACAUAAUAUGGGGUGAGGCCACUGAGAGUGGUGACCACAUUGUGCCUUAUCCCAAGGAAAAUGAACAGAAGCUAUUAGUUACGUUUGGAGAUCAAAUCAAGAAACAAUGGGAUCAAGAUGCCAAAACUAUUAAAACUGUGGAGCAGAAGACAACUGGACCUAAAAAUGAUUCCACCGACUGUCGACUGGAAAGUAGUCCGCAAUUUAACAGAAAUGAAGGAUUUUCAGCUUCAGGAUUUGACAUGGAUUCUUGGUCUGAUUUUCCAUUAUCAAUUGCUGAAUGCGACGAGGGAUAUGCUGAUAGAAAUGGUCAGGACUCUAUCGGUGAAAUUAGAAAUUUGAACACAGCAAGAGCUGAUACAGCUCAACUAGAGAGUGAUCGUGAAUUGUUUGUGGACGAGCAUGUUGACAAAGAAGGUGGUUUUCUCGACUAUGGUUGGGCUAACAUUGGGAGUUUUGAUGAUCUUGAUAGAAUAUUUAGCAAUGAUGACUCAAUAUUUGGACAUGAAAGUCUUGGUAAUGCGGAUGAACUUUGGUCAUCCACAGAUGUAAUCAGAAGCCCAGCAAAAUCCUUCCCUUUGUCUACUGGUUCUCCAAGUUCAGUGUUAGGAGCAUUGAAGAGUAUGCCAGAGCAGUCUGAAGUCAAAAAGGAAUUUGUGCCACAUGAAGCCCAGUCUGCUACCCCUGGAAAUAAGAAGAUGAACGAUCAUGAUUCUCAUGGUUUACAGAAUUUGCAUCCAAGCAGAGAUGAAGUUGCUGGAAAGCAUAGCUGCUUAUCUAUUGACUCACUGGUUGAAGGUGCUGCAGGGGGAAGUAAGCUGCUGUUGGAGGGGAAGAAAACUCCAGAGGAAAUUGGAAAGAUAGAGGCAUCAGUCGCGCACUCUCUUAAUGAGAAUGACUUUGCAGACGAGGGAAGUAAGCUAAAGAAAUCCCAGAUAAAGUCAGAGGAAAAAGGUGAAGGAAAACUUUCUCAAGACUUGCAUGGUGCCUGGCCCUCCACUGCUAACCAAUGUCAACAAUUUGGGAAUCAAUUAGCAACCUCUGCUUUACAAACAUUUCCACCUUCAGUUCUCAGUCCACAAGGACAGAUUGGUGGGCCUGAUUCUUUGAGAUACCUUCAAACCUCCCAUUCAUAUUUUCCUGCUGGGUAUGGAAAUCAGGCACCUCCCUAUCCAUUCAUGCCUCCUUUGCAACACCAUCCUGAGAGGGAUAAGCUUCAUUCGGUCCUUGUUGGUCAUGAAUUCUCUCCCAGAUCAUCGAAGCAUGCCAGUGCAUUAAGGAAAUCACCAGAUGUUUCAAAAAAUUCUUUGCUCAUGACCCCUCAGGAAAAGAUUGAAAAAUUAAGGCGGCGGCAGAAAAUGCAGGCAAUGCUUGCCAUUCAGAAACAACAGCAGCAAUUCAAUCAUCAGGCUACUUGUACUGACCAGUCAAUGACCCGAAAGUGUCAGCAGGAGGAUCAAAGUGAAGAUAUAGUAGGAACUAAAAUUGAAGCGGAAGAAAACUUAAAAACUCCUCCAUCCGUGGACACAACUUCACCUGUAGAACAAGAUGAUUCCAAUACUGUCUCUAUGGUGGUUGAUGAAUGUUCACUGGAGGAAACAAUACUUGAUCAACUUCUAGAAGUUAUUGCAAAGUUGGAUAUUAGAACAAGGCUAUGUAUUCGAGAUAGCUCGUAUCGUUUGGCCCAAAGUGCAAUGCUAAGGCAUAGUGCUGCUGAUACAAGUAGUACCAAUAAAAGUAGUGCGGAUGAAAAUGAGACUGCUGCAAAAGAAGAAUCAAACAGUCUCAACAGGUCUACCAGUGAGCUGGAUGCAGAAACAGAGACAAAUCCAAUUGACCGUACUGUGGCUCAUCUGCUCUUCCACAGGCCUACAGAAUCAUCUGUAAGGCCUGUCCAGGAUGGUGAGAUACCCAAAUCGAUGAUUCCUACUAAACUUCCACUUGAGCCCAAAUUAGAAGGCUUGGUGAACCUACCCAUAGAAUGCCUAUCUGAGAGUUCAACAGAAAAACCAAGUGUCUGUCACCGAGGAGCUAAAUCACCCUGCACAUUCACUAAGGCCCAGCAUGAGGGGCAGUUACACUUCAUCCAACAAUGAUCCAGAAAAGGAAGUCAUGGAGAUUGAAGCUUCAAAAUGAAGGAAAUGAAUUGAAAACCAUUAGGGGUAAUUCCUUCCUUAAUCUCUUCCAUUCAUAUUUCUUUUGUUUUUCAUGCAUCAUUUAACGGAUUUGCUGGUAACGAGGAGGUUUUGUCUCAUUGUCAGCCAACUGUAUCUUGAUUGAGAAAAGGCUUUUGGUCGUUCAAACAUGGCUUCAAGAAAGGACAUCAUAUUCGAAGUGCAGCAAACUGUGUAUAAUAAUUAGUUCUCUUCAAUUAUGUAUCUAAUGUGCAGAAGACAAGCUUAUCUCCUUCACUAUCGCGCUGUGGGUGGUUAACAUGUUGUCUGAGUUCUUCUUGCUGCAUCUCAGGAUGCAUACUUCAAGAUUUGUGUUUUAUCUUAUAUUUUUUGACCUAUGAGUCACUUUAUGGUCCAUCUUAUUACUGCUGA